AUGGAAGCAAAAAAUCAGCUUACGGGCCUACAGUCCCUACCCGUUGAGAUCUUGCGCUGCGUCAUCCGCCUCGUGGAUCCAAUUGGCCUCAUGUCGCUUGCGCAGGCGAACUCCUAUCUCCGAAGGAUCAUCGACCCAGGCAAGAUAGAGCUUGGAGAACGACUGCUCCAAUUAGAAACUAUACCUGAACACGGGGGUACCACCCGAACAGCAACAUCUGUGCGGGACAUUGACCUAGUAGGCGUGCGAUGGGCUUGCGUGGGAUGUAUGAGGCUUCUCUCACACAUCCACUUUGACAAUCACUCCCUGCUCAGGCUCAGGUUCCGCAAGCCCAUCCCUGGGACUCCUGCUCAUAGCCCCAUCACAUCAUGGGACUUGCCCCGAUAUCCCUCACGAGCCAGGCCUCGUGGACCUAAAUCCAACCAAGGCUGCGAUGAUCGGACAGUUACCGACACGUCAGAGCUCAAUCCAGACGUUGUUGAUGAUGAUGGUGGAUGGGAAGGUGACCUUCAGGAGGCGAUUGGAGUUCUCAAUAUAUUCCAAGACUUCCAGAAGAAGCGAGAGUUGAUGCGUUGGGGUACGAAGCGCCAUCUGCGCCGAUGCAACGAGUGUCGCUUCCAAAUUGGCCAUAUUGGCCGUCGACGAAACCCCCUGACCGAAUCCAUGACUAUUCCCAUACAAAUGAGUCGGAGGGUCCUGUUCGCCGAUACCAUUGAGCGAUAUUUCCCAGGCUACCUAGACCCGCUGGGCAAGGAAAGGCCCCUUCCCGCGCCGCCUGUGCUGCGAUGGUUAAAUCCCUCUCGGACUGACUACAGCUGGACCAUGUGCAUGCUCCGAUGCCCCGACUGUGGAAUGUGGCAAGAAUGGCGGGACUUCAUCUUUGCCAACGACGUCCUGAACUUGCCUGGCAUAGAUUACCCACUGAACCUACCGGAGCUUCAUGGCCGACUUUCUUCAGAGCACGCUCUCUGCAAUCAUUGUACGGCAGAGAGGCAGGGCCGAGACACGCUGGGACGGCGUCUGAUCACGGGCUUGCGCUAUCACCUUUCUCAGAAAAUCAUCUACAUGGUCCAUAAAAUCGAACGCGGGUUUUUCUUGAUGCGUAUGUCACUCAGCAAUGGACAGUCUUACCGCACUCUCACGGCAGAGGAUAAGGAUGAGUUGAAAAAUUGUAUGAAAGGCGUAGUCCGUGGAGGAGGUGUACCUCUACGGUCCGACGCGGAGAGAAUGGGACUGCUGAGGGAACGAUUCGCUCAGCUGACGGAAUUCUUUCAUCGAGUGCUUGCUAAGUAUGAUCUUGAGGCGCAACUGAGAGACUUCAGUAUGUGGCAUGAGCUCCAAUUGUGGAUAGAGCAUUACCACAAUUAUGAGAGAAUGUUGGACUGGGCCAAGGGUAUUCUAGAUGGCGACGUGUUGACAUCUGAUAGUAUCGUCGAUUGGGCAUUAGCUCGAGAUGGGGCUUCUCUGAGUUGA